UACACUUGAAUCGUCAAAAUGGCAACAAAAAUUCUCUUUCCCACAUUCUACGAUGAGAAGACCAAGAUCUGGAGUGGACUUCCCAGGCAGCCAUUCUACGACUACAAUUGCUCAAUGGGAUUAGUAGCAUUCAACUCGAUGAAGAAUUAUCCAAAUAAUGUUGUGCAGAUCUCAGAUACAGACGGACGUGUUGUGACCUAUGCGGAGAGUCUUGCCUGGGCUACUCGCUUGGCGUUGUACUUGAAGAGCGAGAAGCUGACGCACAAAGAUGUCAUCGGCAUUAUUGGCAGGGCCAGCACAUAUCCCCAUUCCUUGGCUGUUGCUUGUCUCUUCAAUACAACACCAUUCCAUGCCGUUGCCUACACGUAUAUGAAAGAACCGGAGGUUAUCAAGGAACUGUACGAGCUGACCAAGCCAUCGAUUAUGUUCGUCGAUGCUGAAGAUUACGAGAUCAUGAAACAGGUUUGCGCCGAAUGGAAUCCCAAGUUCAUCACGAUGACUGGACGCAUUGAGGGUAUUCCCAAUAUUGAGGAUCUGCUGAAACCGCAUCCCAUGGAACGCUUUUAUCAACCUGAACGCUUGGCUGAGGGCGGUGAUCAAACAGCUGUCAUUCUAUGCUCAUCGGGCACUUCGGGCACCGCCAAGGCUGUGUGCCUAUCCCACAGACACGUGGCCAGAACAGCUCAACUGACGAAUAGCACUGAUGUCGUCUUGACGAGCGCCACCUUGGACUGGAUGACGGGUUUCUCCUGCACAAUGCUAGCAUACUUCUUUGGCUCCACACAGAUCAUUUUCAAUGAGACUUUCAAUGCCGAGAGCUUCAUUCGCAUGACCGCACAGCACAAGGUAACCAUGUAUGCCAUGCCACCCUGGCAGGCCUAUGAGGUCUUCACACAUCCAAAUGCCACACCGGAGAAUUUGGCCAGUCUCAAGUUAGUCGCCAUCGUUGGUGGCUGGCUCACGAAGGCGGUGCUGCAGAAGGCGAAGAGUGUGACCAAAAACUGCAAUAUCUGUUUCACAUAUGGAUCCACUGAAACCAGCGGCGUCUCCAUGAGCUUGGAUGUGGAAAGGGACAACUCUGUGGGUGGUCUCUUGCACGGCAAUCGAGUGAUGGUAGUCGAUGACGAUGGUAAUGCACUUGGACACAAUGAAACCGGCACGAUCCUGAUUGAUGUGGGCAUCAAAUGGAAGGGAUACGUAAACAAUCCUGAGGAAACUGCCAAUGCCAUCAAGGAUUGCUGGAUCGAUUUAGGUGACAUCGGGCACUUCGAUGACGAUAAUAAUCUCUUCUUGACUGAUCGCAAGAAGGAUGUGCUCAAGUACAAGUCCAAGGACUAUUGGCCCAAUGAGAUUGAGCAAAUCAUUUGUGAGCUGCCAGAGGUGCAAAAUGCUUGUGUUGUUGGCGUCAGAAAUGUGGGACGCACCGAUGCUGCCGGUGCCCUCGUCAUCAAGAAUAAGGGUGCCGAGAUCAGCAAGCAGACGAUCAUCGAGCAUGUGGCCAAGCGUGUUGGUGUCGAGUACAAACAGCUGCAUUCUGGAGUCCAAUUUGUGGAUGCGUUUCCCAAGAAUACCAAUGGAAAGGUCUUACGAAAUGCGGCUAGACUGCUGUUUGAGUCCCUUGCAGAGUCUAAUUAAAUGAAAUUAGGAAAUACUUUUAAUUAAUUAACGCUUUAAAUGUUAUUCAGUUUA